UUUUUGCAGAAUCAACGGUAAGGAGUUGUGAAACCUGUGGCUCAAACAAGAUUCCUUAUCCUCUAAGCACUGGAUCAAAGUGUUGUGACCCCAUGUACUCCAGUUUCAGUUGUGACAAUGUCACAGGCCAAGUCUUGUUCAAGGUAGCCGAGAGUGGCUACCGAGUAAGUAGCAUCAAUCCACAGGCUUCAAAAUUUGUAAUCCAACUGAAAUCUGAAGAGAUGAAAUAUGCAGAUUGUAGUUCUCGGAGUCUCAUCGCCCAAAUUCCACUACCAGACCCGCCUUUUCACAUGACUGGGGCUUGCAAUGCCUCAGAAACUGACAAACUUAGCUCCAAGAUGUCAUUGAAAAAUAGUGUUGAAAUAGAAAUCAGUUGGGAUCGACCUCCAGAGUCUGUGUGUACCUCACAAGCAGAUCGUAAGGAUCGACCUAAUUGAACCUGCAAAACACGAGAUGACAUGAGAAAGUGCUUUUGCAAUGAAAACUUCAAAUGGGAUGGCUCCAGUUUAAAUUGCACACAAGAAUAUGGCAAUCUUGCCAAGACUCCAAAACCUGCUAAUCAGAAGCCGUUAUUAUCAUAUCUGGCAAUUGUGGUAGGCAUACCAAUUGCUGUUGCGCUAGUUGCACUUGUAUGCAUCAUUGGUUAUAUGACUUAUUUGUGCAAAAAAGCCAUCACAAACAGGAAAGGGUCUUCUAUGCAAAAUCUUCUGUUUUUGAGUUCAGAAAACAGAACAACUCCUGCAGUUCACUUGUAUGAUAGUGAGAGGGGUGCGAAACACUUAAUAGACUCAGAGCAAUUCAGAGAAGAAGAUAAGAAAGGAAUUGAUGUAUCGUUUUUCCACUUAGAAGACAUACUGGCUGCUACAAAUAACUUUUUAGAUGCAAAUAAGCUUGAACAAGGGGGUUUUGGGCCAAUUUACAAGGGCAAGUUUCCAGAAGCGCAAGAGAUUGUGGUAAAGAGACUCUCAAGAGCUUCAGGACAAGGCCCCAAGGAAUUUAAGAAUGAGGUGUUAAUUGCCAAACUUCAGCAUCAGAACAUGUUUAGACUUUUGGCUAUUGUAUUGAAGGAGAUAAGAAGAUCUUACUCUAUGAAUAUAUGUCCAACAAAAACUUAGACUCCUUCAUAUUUGGUUUGUCUCUAAACCUGCCUAAAAGUCCUUUGCUUUUUUCUGGUAUCAUAGACAUUAUAUAGAUAUCUGACGUUUUGCUUUCCAAUACCUUGCAAAAUCGAACUCUAUGCAUGUUACUGAAUUGGGAGAAGCGGUUCAACAUCAUUUUGGGAAUUGCUCAAGGACUACUUUAUCUUCACCAAGAUUCAAGAUUGAAGAUUAUUCGUAGAAACUUGAAAACAAGCAACAUUUCUACUUUAUGAUGAGAUGAAUUCUAAAAUAUCAGACUUUGGUUUGUGGCUAUAUGUCUCCAGAGUAUGCAUUGGAUGGAUUUUUCUCAGAAAAGUCUGAUGUCUUUAGCUUCAGUGUUAUGGUACUUGAGAUCACCAGUGGGAAGAUGAACACUAGAUUUUAUCAGUUUGACUGAACUCUGAGCCUUCCAAGUCAUGCAUAGAAGCUGUGGAAAGAAGACAAGGCCUUGGAGUUGAUCGACCAGACACUAAGUGAAACAUGCAACAUAAACGAAUUUUGGAGGUGUGUAAAUGUUAGGUUGUUGUGUACAAGAAGACCCAAGUGACCCUCACACCAUGGCAAUUGCAGUUCUGCUCAGUAGUGACUCGACAACAAUGCCCGUUCCUAAAGAACCAACUUUUGUUGUAAAGAGGGACCUUUCUAAUACAACUUCUUCUUCUAGCAAGGCUGAAGCCUCCUGGAAGAAUGAGCUCCUAGCAUCCAUAGGAGAAGGUCGAUAGCUAAGGAGGAGAUCGAAUGAAUCCUUUGCCCUUUCCUUAGUUUACUAAGUUUUGUCCAUCUGAUGUUCUAUUCUGGUUCUCCUAUCCAUCAACUGUAUUUGUGUAUAGAACUUUUUUCAAUAUCAUGGUUUGAAUUGAGCCUCCUGUAUAUGGUGCAGACUACCAAUAAAUUGUCCAAUUCUUAA